GGACACAGUUGGUACCUCUCGGAUGCGAGACUCGCUUUCACUGACUGAGGCCUGGACCAAAAUGGAGCUCCAUUCGCCUGCGUGACGAAGCCGAGACUCGGUGUCCCUCAAGUCCAGCUGUCGGGUUUGCCCUGCCACAUUGCGGAGACGAGUCUUGCCAGGAAACAGUGUUGAAGGCUUGACUCGAAGCUGCUAUUGCAGGCGAGAUGAGGUCUGCGUGGCAGACGGACGGAUGUCGCUACCGACACAACUAGCGGUGCAAGGUGCACGCGCUGGAAGGCUGAGUCAGAGGCAACAGCGAGGUACGCAAAACCUGUUUUGGAGGAAGCUCGCUUGAGGCUCUGCCUUCGCAGCCACCCCAGGAGUAUCAUUCACCACAGAGGAGCUUAAAUCUGUCCUGCAAAGGAGGAUUAUCGUUCAGCGCAGUGAUAAGCAGAGAGCGUGUGCAUGCGCGUGCCAACAUCUAAAUUAGACAACAAGUGGACAACAGGCAUGAUCAAUAACUUCAACUUGUCGACCACAAAAGCCGAACCUAGACGAGAGCGUACCUAGUCGAGAACCGCACUUAAUGUUAAAAUACUUGCAGCAGUUACACUUCUGACACACCAAUUUAUGUCGUCUACAUCCUUCAAACAGCAACGUGCCACCGAUCCCCCAAGCCGAAGAAUCAUGAGCGCGCUGGUGACCGUGGCCACGUGCAACCUGAACCAGUGGGCGCUGGACUUUGAUGGCAACUUGGGGCGCAUCGUCGAGUCUAUCCGUGUAGCCAAGGCACGUGGCGCUCGUUACCGCGUGGGCCCCGAACUAGAAGUGUGCGGUUACGGCUGCGAAGAUCAUUUCCUGGAGCAGGAUACGUUUUUCCACUGCUGGCAGUCGCUCGAGACCAUCCUGCGCUCGGACGUAACCAACGACAUCCUGUGCGACAUCGGUAUGCCCGUGAUGCACAACGGCGUGCGCUACAAUUGCCGCGUCUUCUGUCUGAACCAACGCAUUCUGUUAAUCCGUCCGAAGCUCUUCCUGGCCGACGACGGCAACUACCGUGAGAAGCGCUGGUUCACCACGUGGAAGUCCAACCUAGACAAGGGCAACCCACGCGGCCUCGAAAAGUUCGUACUGCCUGCCAGUCUGCAGAAGCUCACGGGCACUGUCCACGUUCCCUUCGGAUCUGGCGCUGUAUCCACGCUAGACUCGUCCUGUGCGUCCGAGACCUGCGAAGAGCUCUUCACGCCCGACAGUCCGCACAUCAGCCUCAGUCUUGCGGGCGUGGAGAUCAUCGGCAACGGCUCAGGAUCGCACCAUCAGCUGCGCAAGCUCGACCAGCGCAUGGAUCUCAUCCGUGGUGCGACUACCAAGAGCGGUGGCGUGUAUCUAUACGCCAACCAGCAGGGUUGCGACGGUGGCCGUCUGUAUUUUGACGGCUGCGCUGUCAUUGUGGUGAACGGCCACGUGGUUGCACAAGGUUCGCAGUUUUCGGUCAAAGACGUGGAGGUGGUCACGGCCACUGUAGACCUCGAUGACGUGCGAUCGUACCGUGGCUCUGUCAGUAGUCGUAGUGAGCAGGCUAGCUCGCUGGACACUGUGAUCCGUAAGGUCGACGUCGACUUCAGCUUAUGCCAUGAUGAAGAGGAUAUUCCAAUUGCGCAUCCUACGCCUGCUAUUGAAGUACGCUACCAUGUUCCGGAGGAGGAGAUUGCGCUUGGACCGGCGUGCUGGAUGUGGGAUUACUUGCGUCGUAGUGGAGGCAGCGGGUUCUUCUUGCCCCUUUCUGGCGGAGCGGACUCAUCGUCUGUGGCAUGCAUCGUCGGAGUGAUGUGCCACCUCGUCGUCGAGGCUGCCAACAACGGUGACAAGCAGGUUAUCAAGGACGUCCAACGCAUCAUGGGGACAUCGGAUCAAGAGUACCAACCUUUGACGCCUGCUGAUCUGGCAUCGCACGUUCUUCACACUACGUACAUGGGCACGAAGAACAGCUCUACUGCCACCAAGAAGCGCGCUGCGAGUCUAGCCAGCGAGAUCGGAUGCUACCAUCUUAACAUGGGUAUGGACAUGAUGGUGGAUGCCGUUGUCAAGACCUUCUCGCUUCUAACUGGCAAGACGCCGCAGUACUUGUCGCGAGGUGGCACGUUGCAGGAGGACUUGGCGCUCCAGAACAUUCAGGCUCGCCUUCGUAUGGUGAUGGCUUACUUGCUUGCUCAGCUGUUGCCGUGGGUGCGCUCGAAGACUGGUUUCCUACUUGUGCUAAGUUCCGGCAAUGUCGAUGAAGCGCUACGUGGAUACAUGACCAAGUACGAUUGCAGCAGUGGUGACUUGAACCCGAUUGGAGCGGUGUCGAAAGGCGAUUUGAAGAAGCUUCUUCGUUGGGCUGCUGUUAAAUACAAGUACCCCGCUCUGCAGACUGUUGAAGAAGCUCCUCCAACGGCAGAGCUUCGUCCCACUGACGAGAACGCUGAAGAAGACGCUGAUCACUCCCAGCUAGACGAGGAAGACAUGGGAAUGACGUACGACGAGCUGGGAUUCUUCGGUCGUCUGCGCAAGAUCGACCGAUGCGGCCCCUACUGGAUGUUCCGCAAGCUGACGAACCUGUGGAGUCAUCUGGCGCCCACCGAAGUGGCGACGAAGGUCAAGCGAUUCUUCUUCUAUUACUCCGUUAACCGUCACAAGAUGACUACACUGACGCCGUCUUACCACGCUGAGAACUACUCGCCAGAUGACAACCGCUUCGACUUGCGUCCGUUCCUGUACAACUCGCGUUGGACUCGCCAGUUCAGUUCCAUUGAUACGCUCGCCGCGAAGCUGGAGGAGAAGAAGGAGCAGUAACUCCGUCGUUCAUGUUAAAAUUGCUGGCUGCUUCCCCACUGCUGUCGCGAUAGCGUCGUUGAUGUCCUUGAUGUCGUCGCCAUCAAUAACUAGACUAGCGAUAGUUGGUAGCAGCGUUGUGUUGAUCGGUGACUGGGGGUUAGAGAUGAUCUCCUUAAGGCUGUCUCGACGGCAAAAUGAGAAUCCUCGGAACAAGUUGUUGUCUUCUUCAAUGACUGGAUCGCACAUUAGGUCCGAGGCCGACAUGUCCGUGAACUUCUUGUCAAAAUUACUGGUGUCUGCUUCGUCAGAAACACUGGGCACCAUUGGUGGAGGGACGCGUAGGGUUUCCAUCUUCUCCCAGUCCACCGACUGCAUUAAACACACGCAAGAGCUUCUGUUAGUCGUUUGAAGUAAAUCUCGUCCUGAUACGGUUCUUACUUUGAAAAACGGGUGGCGUUUUAGAGCCUGCACUCCCUUCACAACAAACAUGGAUGACUUGCCUCCGCCUAGUCUUUUGCUCACAUUACGCUCCAAGAGAGAUUUGAUUAACGAGUGAGCUUCGCCUGAGAGCCAUCGCGGCAAUUGGAUCUACGUGACCACAGAAGUGGAUAAAAAGUGAGUCUCUAGCUCGAUGUGAUCCCAAUCCAGUCAACCACAGGGGCAAACCUUAGCCGAGAGAAUUUUUUUGUGCAAGUCUGCUGGGUUUUUCGACCUGAAUGGUGGGUUCCCCGUCAGCAUCUCGAACGCUAGAGCCCCAAGUGACCACCAAUCCACAGCCUGAUCAAGCCAAACCACACAAAGAUUAAGCUAAAAUCAGUAC